UUACGACUCAACUACUACUUGCUUUCUGCUUUGGUUGGGUUUACUGUGAAUUGCGAAACAGAGGAUUUCACGGCUUUGUGCAUUGGCCCAUAUACGAUGGAGGAAGAAGGUCGACCUAGAAAGCUCCCCAAGCUCGACCACGACGAGACCCAGAAUCCCGAACCGAGAAUGACGGGUGCGCUUGAGACCAACACUGGCGACAAUGAACAACGGGUUGAAUCAGGCGAUGGAGCCAACGGGUCCGAGCCUACGCAGCAGACUGAAGAUGGUGCGCCCAAGAUCUCCAAGCGCGAGAUGAAGCGCAUGCGCCGACGCGAGCAAUGGGAAGGCCAGCGCGACCAGCGCAAAGCCAAGCGCAAGGAACGGGGCAUCGCACGCAAAGAGAAGCGCCGGGCUGCGCUGGAACAGGCGCGAGAGGACGGCACGCUGGAGGAGCUCAAGAAGACGUACGAACGGACACACAAGCGAUUCCGGAGGUCGACGCUCCUCCCGCUGACGCUGGUCAUUGACUGCGGAUACGACGAAUUGAUGCUGGAGAAGGAACGGAUUUCGCUAGGCUCGCAGAUCACUCGGUCGUACUCCGAUAACAGUCGGUCGGCGUACCGGUCGCAUUUGGUGUUCUCGUCGUUCAAUAAGCAACUCAAAGAGCGGUUCGAUACGAAGCUGAACAAGCAUUAUCUCAACUGGAAGGGGGUGCGGAUUGUGCCGCAGGACUUUGCUCAGGUCGCGGAGAUGGCGAAGGAGUGGAUGGUUGUUCCUGCGGGGGGCAGGUUCGAGGGUGUGUUUGCUGAUAAGACGGAUUCCACGCCCGAGGAUGGCGAGGUUGUCUAUCUGAGCAGUGAUAGUCCCAAUACCUUGGCGGAGCUGAAGCCGUUCAGUACCUAUAUUAUUGGUGGAUUGGUGGAUAAGAACCGGCACAAGGGCAUUUGCUACAAGCACGCGGUUGAGAAGGGUAUCAAGACGGCGAAGCUGCCUAUUGGGGAUUACAUUCAGAUGGCGUCGCGCCAGGUGCUGGCCACGAACCAUGUUGUCGAGAUCAUGUUGAAAUGGUUGGAGCUGGGCGAUUGGGGCAAGGCGUUCCUUGCUGUUAUUCCCCAGCGCAAGGGCGGUACGUUGAAGGAGUCUGCCGGGGCUGCUGGAGAAGGAUCUCAGGUGGAGGAUGCUGAGGAGGAAGAGGAGGAUGCCGAAGAGGACGAGGAGCAAGCUAUGGCGCAGGCCCAGCAGGUUACGGACGAGGGUAUUGAAGAGGCCCAACAAGCUACGGAAGAGGCGCCCGCGGAGGCUGGUGACGCUGGUGACGCCAACUGAUGAAUCUCAAUUAAUGUACAUAUAUAGCCAUAUAACUAGACUUUGGGGGAAGAUGGACGGAUUUCCUAGCAGUUAGGGGAACGCUUGCGUGUUUUAUGAUCCCAUACUGGGAUAAUGAAGUUAUGC